GCAAGGCCUUGGACCCUCUCGGCGGGCGGGGCCCUUGGUCAGGGGUAUAGCUGGGGAAUGGGGAGGCUGCCCAGAGACAAGGCCGGGCUGAGACUGGCCAAGGGGACAGCGAUGAUCUGUCUUUGCAAACGUCCAUGCAGCUGCCUGGGGAAAGACUUGUGGGUGGGGUCUAUUGCAAGUAGUACUUGUCCCCUUCUCCUGGGUGAGUGGCGUUCCACCCCAGCCUGAGGGUAGGGGGAGACAGAGGGGGUGCCUCUGGGACCCCACUCUGCCGAUAGGUCCACUGAGCUUGUGGUUAGCAGAGAGAUCUGGAAGUGUGGAGAAGGUCUGCAUGGAGGACCAGGGGAAGGGCCAGCAAGCUUCCCAGUUGGGGGUGGGGGAAUGCAGGGGAGUGGCCAGCUCCUUCCCUCCCAGCAGGCCCCAGCGCUCUACAGAGCAGGAGCCUAGGGUUUUGGGGAGGCGUGAGGGUGGUGGCCACAGACAGUGCCCCAGAAGCAGUGGUCCUUUGGGUACUGAUGGCGCUGUGAUGGUGGCCAGGAGGGUGGUGGUCUUUGUGUGUGUGUGUGUGUGUGUGUGUGUUUUGAGGGGAACUUAGCUGGUGAGCAACUACUAUGUUGAAAAGAGAUUUUGACAGUGAGGAAACUUAAGGCCUAGUCUUGGUUCACCUUGCUGUGUGACCCUGGGCAAGUAAGUGGGCCUCACCGAGCCUCAGUUUCCCCAUCUAUAAAAUGGGGUUCAAUAAGCCUGCCCCUUCCUCAGGGCUGUUGUGAGGACAGUGGGAAACAAUUUAAGAGGAACACAGUGCCCUGGGAAAGAGGAUCCUUAGGAGAACCAGUGUGAAUGGGAUGGAACUGAACUUGGGGGUGUUUGUUGAGCUUUGAGUGUUCCUCAGCCUUGGGCCAGGCUUUGCUGGGGCGAUGCCAGAUGCCAAGAGGAAUCAAGCUGAGACCCGCCCUUUGGGAGCUCACAGUGUGGUUCAGUGACUUGCAAACCUUUUACAGGCAUGCCUCAUUUUGAUAAACAAAGAGCUGCUGCCUUAAUGUUUAACUGAGGUUACUUUCAAGUUUACGGGGCUUUUGUUUCUUUUUUGAAGCUCUGCAAAAAUAUCUUUAAACCACUGUUGACCCACCCUUCCCUCCAGAUUGGGGAUGCACCUCCCUACCCCCCUUCUUGAGAAUCUGGUUGGAGAGAUAAGACGCAUCCAGGUUCAGUAUAACUUACAAUACUAGGAGUCCCUGAAUAUUACUCAUCAGCAUUUAUUCAAUGCCUUGUGUGGCAGGCACAGUGUUUGAUGCGGGGCACAAAAGGAAGCAGCUCUUGGGCUUCCCUGGUGGUGCAGUGGUUGAGAGACCGCCUGCCAAUUCAGGGCACACGUGUUCGUGCCCCGGUCCGGGAAGAUCCCACAUGACGCGGAGCGGCUGGGCCCGUGAGCCAUGGCCGCUGAGCCUGCGCGUCAGGAGCCUGCGCGUCCAGAGCCUGUGCCACGACAGUGAGAGGUCCGCGUACUGCAAAAAAAAAAAAAAAAAGCAAGCAGCUCUGUCCUUAAGGUGCUCACAGAGCAGGGAGACAGAGGUGGCCUGACAGACCAGCAUGCUGUGUGAUGAGUGAGGGUCAUAGGGUUGGGUCACGUGGCUCCGGAGGGGCCGGAGAGGUCAAGGAAGGAUUCUAGCAGGAAGUGUCAUUUUAGAAAGGCCUGAAGGAGGGGUAGGAUGUGAUUAGGGGUAGAGGAGAAAGAAGGGCAUUCCAGCAGGGGGACACAGGCUCGAACAGGACUGGAGAGUGGCGGGUUCUGGAAGCCGUGGGCGCCCAGGGGAGUGUCCUCCCUGAGGCUGGGGCCUGGGUGAUCCUCGGGUGCCCCCUGACUACUCUCUCUGCUUCUGCCUCCCCAGGGGCCGGUGAUUGCAGCCGGAAGCGCCCAUGACCGAACUGGCGUCCUCCGGGGACAGGUCCCCUGUGGGGGACGGGGAGGAGGGCCUGGGGGACGAUCGAGGCCUGGUCAUCCACCACCCUGCGGAGGAGCAGCCGCACCGCUGCCCACUGUGCGGCCAGACCUUCUCGCAGCAGCCCAGCCUGGUGCGGCACCAGAAGGCGCAUGCCGGAGUGGGCCGCGCGGCCGCCUUCGUGUGCCCCGAGUGCGGCAAGGCCUUCAGCGUCAAGCACAACCUCGAGGUGCAUCAGCGCACCCACACGGGCGAGCGGCCCUUCCCCUGCCCCGAGUGCGGGCGCUGCUUCAGCCUCAAGCAGAACCUGCUCACGCACCAGCGUAUCCACAGCGGCGAGAAGCCGCACCAGUGCGCGCAGUGCGGCCGCUGCUUCCGCGAGCCGCGCUUCCUGCUCAACCACCAGCGCACCCACGCGCGCAUGCCCGCGCCGCACCCGCGCCGCCCCGGCGUCUUCGGGGAGCGGAGGCCCUACUUCUGCGCCCGCUGCGGCAAGAGCUUCGCACGCGAAGGCUCGCUCAAGACCCACCAGCGCAGCCACGGCCACGGGCCCGAGGGCCAGGCGGCCCAUUUAGGCCGCGUGCUCUGAUGCGCGCUGGACCUGCUGCCUCCGGCUGUUUUCUGCCCCAGGGCCGCAUCCGUGACCUCUGGAGAUGGCGCUGGGCUUCGACCCCCUCUCUGGCUGGGAUCCCGGGAGACUGGGAGGGCUGGCUUGGGGUCUCAAAGGAGUGGGCCGCCUCCUUCCGCUCCUUCCCCAGGACCCUCUGGCUGGCUGCACACGGCUGCUUUGGGCCCCUGCGUUGGUUUUCCUCCGCAGGCCCACCCGGCUUAGAGCAGAUGAGGACUUUACAGGACCUCUGGGCUGUGUGCAAGGCACGUCUGACACAGUGACUAGGAAUGGGGCCCUGGGCCUGUGCCCCGGCAUGAGGACACGUCCCCUAAGAAGACCUACCUCGGGAGCUGACAGCAGAGGGACACAUGGAGCCUGGAAUUGGAGGCAGGUUCUGCGCCCUGGUGGAGAAACUCCCCGGACCUGCUGGGAGUCACAGCCGCAGAAGAGCUCGUGCUGACUGCCUGGCUGUGAGCCUCCGCUCUCCCGUGGCAGCAGGGACGGUGCCUGUGUGGGACGCCUGCUUCUCUGCUCCCGCCUGGCCCACCAGAGACGGGAGGUGAACUGCCUAGGAGAACACAGCAAGUUGGUAGCAGACUCGGCUCCAGAGACAAGACCUUCCCCCGGGUGUGCACAUACCUGCAGGCUUCACUCUCCUUUCAGAGCAACGUUCUUAACACUUUUGGGGUCGUGAAGCCCUCUGACAAGAUGGCAAAGGUUAUGAACCUUCUCCCCAGGAAGACACAGAUAGUCACGUAGAUGCAAGAAUCUACGAGCAAUCCCAGGAGCUCCUGGACUCCAGGCCGAGAUCCUCGGCCCCGGGACUAACUCGCCACUCCUUCCUUACCUGACACAGAGCCCCGGGUCAGGGCCUCCACUCGCGUAGCAUUUCAUCCCCUGCCCUCCCCAACCCCUGCCCUUCCUUCCCUUGUUCAGAAUAAAGAAUUCUGAGGA